CUCGUAGGUAAGCAAUAGUGCAUAAGAUAGCUAUCAGAGCUACACCACUGCAACUUAUAAUCGCAGCUAAAUGUUUGAACAACAACUGGUCUUUCGAAACAACAGUUCCUAGGCCUACAAGCGCCAAAACAACUCGGAAAUGCCGAUGCAGCACGACGAAACAAAUCACGUCAUAACCGCACUGUUCAAUAGCACCUUGCGCAGGCGAUUACGUACACGUCACUAAAUCUGCAACAAGUUAAAAGCCUAAAACUCAAUCCCGCGACUUGCUCCAUUGAGGCGAAUCAUCUGACCGAAACCAGUUUCUACACUGCCUAUUUGUAAUUAUGACAAACCGAUGAAGCUAUGAACUUGGCUAAGAAAUACAUCAAAGAACAUCCUAUAGAGUGCUUUUUCUUCAGCGAGUUUCACCAUAAACAAGGACCGAAAAUAACAUACCAGUAUCCUUUGGGAUGUAUAACAAAAAAUAGUUCUCUCCUUGAAGCGGUGAUAAACUAUGUUAUUCCCAAACCCGACCUGCAAGAUAAGUUAAUAACAGUAAAUGCAGUUGGGAAAAAGGUUAUUGGAUGCCCUGUAUGCAUUGAUGAUCCUAAAUAUCCUCGAAACCAGUAUAUGUUUAACUUUGGGUUAGUGCUGGACAACGUGCAUAAGAGCUCUCCAUGUAUUCCACUAAUCAAGAAGUUAUCGAGUUAUAUGACCGAACUCGAACUGGAAUGCUACUUUGUAUCUAAUGAAAAAACUAAAGAAGAAAUUCCAGGUUUGCUUAAAAAGAUUUUUACCGAGCUAAACAAUGAAGGCACAUGUUCUACUUCUGUGAUAGACACCACGACACUUUAUUUAAAAGUCUUUCCUCCUUCUACACAACCUAAACCAGUGCAUGAUCAUGAUGUACCAAUACUAACAGUUCCAAAAGAUUAUUUUAAAUUAGAUAAAUGGGACCUUACAACUCAGCAGAUACUUCCAUUUAUUGAUGGUUUUAAACACGUACAAAAGAUUGCAGUUCUAGCUGACGUAGAUGCAGAACUUACCAGGAUUUGUAUUCAAAACCUUGCGUUUUACGAACAUGUUCAACUUAUUUCGAUUUACCAAUACUCUAAUGUUUACAUUACAACUGCUAAGCUUAACCAAUUUCGGCAAAACAUGGAAAUGCAGAACGAAUGCUUGGCUUAUGUGUCACGGUCGGGACACCAGCCACCAACACUUCAUGAUGUCAUGACUUUAUAUUGUGGGCUUGGACCGAGGGUUACUCUGAGAAAACUUUGCAUUCUUUUUCAUGAACAAAUUACUAGAGUUAAUGAACAAAAACUAAUCCAGUAUGGUCUAAUUCAUAAUUUAAUUCGAAGAAUAAACAUGUACCCUGUUAAAGUGAAAUCAGAACGAAGUCACAACACACAGUCUGACUUGCACCAGUACACUGAUGGAUUGCACAGUGCAGAUGAAAUCUGUUGUAAACUUGGCUGCAGCCACUCAGAACUUCUAGCCAAGCUUGAACACGAUAAAAACAUUGUCAUAUGUUGGAAAUAAACUGGAAGUUUUCGUUUGGAA